GAACAAUGUCAAAAGUGUAUGCGCGAAUCGUCCAUCGUCCAUCGUUCACCGGGCUGGCACGUGCGCACCCCUGCUAGCGGCCGCCGCGUCACAACACGCCCACCCUCAUACGCGACGGUCUUCGACCUUGAGCUCGAUUGCCAGUCCCGCUAUCGCUAUGGCGCCUGUUGAUCGACGCGAGCAUCGUCAACAGCGCGUGCGCGGCGCAGGGGCCUCAACCGUCCAGGCGUCCUUUGGAUUCAAUUUCGGCGCUCUAAGCGCAAAACAAGCGUCCCUUCCGCCACAGCGAUCGGGGCGACGGUCGCAAACACCAGUCCAGGCCACACCGCGCAACGUAAAUGGAUCAGCCAGACAGCACCGCAGCUUGUCAGCACCGCGCAGCAGCAAAUCGCAACGUAAUCCUACGCCGAAUCAUAAAGCCGCGACUCCACAGUUGGGCAAAAGAAAGCGUGCAUCUUCGACAACAGCGCCAGAUGCCUCCGUCGAAGAAGAGGACGAGCUGAGUCCAGACCGGGCGGAGAACGUUCGCUCUGUCGAGAAGAGCAGAAGACUCGCAAGGACUGUUUCGCCUGUACUUGAGGAACCAAACGAGGCACCAGAUGAGCUGUCGAUCAUAGAUGAGACAUCGGUUACGGCUGGGAAGUCACCGGGCCUUGUGGCAGGCCUCAUAAACGGCAACGACGCGUCGACAAAUUCACAAAGAAGGUCCAAGUCAUCAGACAUUGUUCCAGUCACACCGGGCAUGCAACCGCAGAAUGGCUCUAGACACUCGUUUGUUAUGUCUACGACGGUCGAGAACACGGCGUCAAACGGGUCUCAAGUUGAAGACGACGAUGCGGAUGAGCUUUCCCCAGCCCAAGACAACACCGCAACACCGAAAGUGGUUUUGAGGGACUCGAUUCCAAUUGAUGACUUAGAGGGCGGUGACGGAGACAUCGACGAGCUUUCUCCUACACAAGAAACAGUCCCCGCCACAAUAGCGUCAGUCGCUCAGGAAACAUAUAGUGAGACCAUGUCCACUCCCAUACCUGUAAGAAGCCGCCCACGAGGCAGGCCGCCCAAGUCGGAUCGUGUAAGCGGCGCCAAGAGUCCAGUGACACCAGCGACACGCCAGUUAGAAAGGACGCAGAGAAGCAAAAAACCUAUGGUCAAAGAGGUGUCGGACAACGAAGAGCCAGAUGAGCUAUCACCUGACACUGGGCGGACAACACUGGCUACCCCCAGACUCCAAAGGCGGACAGAGGACGAAGCACAUGUGUCUGAUGAAGAGUCGGAAGCAUACGAGGAGGAACUGGAUGUAGAAGAUGACGCUCAAGAGACUACCCCGAGACCGGCUCCAAACCGCGCGUCUCCGACGCAGCCUCAACGUUCAAAGGUUCCCAGCGAGAAGCCACCACGCAAGCGACAGAAAGUUCUUGGUCCCAAGCUCGCCAUAUCUGUGAUGCGCAUGAAGGGAUAUGGCGUACGAGGCGUUACUGUUGCGGAUACUACGCGGACAAUACUCGAGGAAGCGAUCGACCGCCGUCUCAGCAGGAUGCUAGAAAAGAUUCAAACCUCUUCAGAUUCGGCGCGUCGUAAAGAACUGCGAAGCGAAGUCAAUCUAGCGUUAUCAUUCAAAGAGAGCUUGAAUGAGAAGCUACUGGACCUUCAAGAUGCGAACGACGUUUUGACUACAAAUCUAAAGAAGUUGAGAUUCUUCAAACGGGACAACGCUGAGCUGCGGAAAGAUAUCUUAGCUUUACAAAACGGUCGACACGAAAUUGCUCUUGAGCAUGAUGAUAUUCAGGCAGAGUUUGAGACAGAAAAGACUAAGGUUGAGGCAAUGAACACACUGAGCAAUAACAUGUUUGAAAUCGAGGUCGCUGUCCAGAACGGUCGCAAGAAGGCGCAGCAGGAAGGUCGAGAAGAUGAGGGACCGGAUGUUCCAUUGAGUACGCUUCUGGAAACAGUAAGCAGAGAUGUGGGCUCACGCGGCGGUGGGCUACUAGCGAACGUUAAGGGAUUCAAUGCACUAUUAGAGAGGGCAGCAGGAUGGCUUGAGGGAAGGGCAUGAUUGUAGACACCUCGAUGAGCAUUCUUUCGGGCGUCUUGAUUUUAUGUUUCUAGGAUCGGUACUGUUGAUACCCGGCACAGAGCCACUUUUACAAAUGAAUUCGAUGAAUGUACCCUUCACCUGCAAACGCGUGCUGUUCGGAAACAGCCUAGCGUUGCGUAUGCAACAGGUGCGUCACUCCCUUUAGCGCCCUCGAUCAUCGAUCACCGGGCCACGGGCACCUUCGCUUCUUC